AUGAAACCAAGCCUUUCUCCAGGCGGCAUCACCUCGGAUGAGAAGAAGAAACAGCAUGAACUUGCCAUUCGUUUCGGAAAAUCCAUGAUUCGCAAAACAUACAAAGCUAAAAAGAAGAAAGAGAAACGUGUUUUCAUUGGAGUCGUUUGUGAGGAUGAUAUUGUUGUUAAAAGUACUUCUAACUCUAGAAAACAAAAAAAGGAGAGCAAAAUUGAACGAAAGACAAUCAUUGAUGAAGAUUGCGAAGAAUAUGAAACAGAUGAUGAACCAGCAUUAACAAAAAAUCUCAGCAAUGCGAACGAAUCGAUUUUUGAAGAGAACUCGUUCUUGAAUCAAACUGGUUCUUCAACUCAAGAAUCCACGAACCAAAAUUCUGGGGAUGAAACUUAUGUGAAAAUACCAAUGAAUGCCAAAUACUAUGAGUCUAUUGGAUAUUUGAACGAUGAUUUGGAAUUUAUUGAAAUAAGUAAAUUUUCAAAUGUCAAAAGAAAAGUACUGGAAAUUAAGCAUGCAGUUGAUGGCUCGUUAAAUUAUGACGAGUCAGACGAGGAUUUUCUAACCAAGCCUUACAAACUUUUCCUAUGCAUCAAUAAGGAAAGCAGAAACAUGGUUGCAUGUUUGAUCGCGGAAUGUAUCACGAAAGCAAAGCCAAUUAUUUUCGAGUCACGCAAAAACUCUACCAGCGAUAUGGAGCUCUAUGAAAUUUUUAAACAAACACUGAACACUCAACUCAGUUUGAGCUUGGAUGUACAACCUUCACCUACCACCACUCACCUAAGUAGUAAUCAUCAUCCGAGCCUGGACAUGUCAGAUAUGAAUUUUCAUGAUCUUACCGAUUGUUCAAAGAUUUCUUCUGAUUACACAAAGGCAGUUCUUGGAGUUAGCCGAAUUUGGGUGAGCAAUCACAUGAGAAGACAAGGAAUUGCAAGCAAAUUACUGGACUUGGCAAGAGAACAUUUUACAUAUGGAUAUAAGGAUUUAUUUUCAUUGUUCAAUAUUUAUCGAGAGGGAAAUCAGAAAGAGUUAAAUCUGUUUUGA